UUAAUAUUUUCCUCGAAAGUACUCAUUUUGUGUUUCGCUCUUGCUCAUGUAAGACGCAUCGAUGAAAAUUUCAUAAUCCACAUUUUCAAAAUAAAAAACCCAAACAAAAAAAUUAAAAUCGUGGUUAAAAUUCGCGAAAUUUUCUCCAAAUAUAUAACGGAUUAAAUAAAUAUUAAAAUAUUAAAACGAGAAUAUUUAAAGUAGUAGAAAGUGAAUACAAAGGGUACAAAACCGAGAUAAUUUAAACUAAAUAUAGUCAAAAAGAUCAAAGUGUGAAGGAAGGAUACAAUCAUUAUCUAGUAGGAAGUAUGCAGCAAGGCGAGAGCAGUGCAUCGGUGCAAGGACAAGCGCAGGUUGUGUCUGUUGUGCAAGACCAGAAUAAUUUGAAUAAUACGAAUAUCAGCGGAAAUCCUGAGGAAACAUCCAAGGAUAGCAACAGUGACAAAGUGAAUCAUGUUGUAAUUAAGUCGCCCCAUGCCCCUGUCAUACGUCAACGAUCCUUGUUCACAGCGAACCCUGCACCAACGCAGUCGAAGUUCAACGUUGCUGCUUCUCCGUUCGUUUCGACACAGCGAGCAGCUACUCCGAAGGAGAAUAGUCCUCGAAUUUCACAAAUAGGGGCGCCCGUUCCUCAUGUCCCCCCAAUUCCGCAUAUUGGACACUCAUUGCCUUUCGAUGGGCGUGUAUUGCGCAGUUUAUCUGCUCGGCACCUAGCCCCACCUAUGUACCCAUAUGAAGACGACAUAUGCCGCAUACCAGCCAUGCCACCGGCUUUUCCCCUGCCUUUCUCUAAUCGGCGAAGCAACCGAGAAUUCGACUCUACGCGUUCCUGUGGCCCUAUGGCGUUGCCUAAUGGAACGAUUCAAAUUCGGUUGCGAGACGGGAUAAGGGUUGAUAUGACAUUGGAUAAAGCUGUACGCGUAGUGAAUCAACGUAGCCGUGUUGCAAUUUCACUAUCGAGUAAUGGCAGCUCGUCUGCCCUAAUCCAUCCAAAUGGACGCGUAUAUCAAUACGGUUCGAGAGUCGAAAUUGUCGCCUACGAUGGUAUGAAAACUAAUAACUAUGUGCGGUAUGCGAAAAUGUGGUACAAAGGCGUAAGUUUCACCAGCGAGAAUUGUGCUCUGACCUAUCUCGUGGAUGCUGCUGGUACGCGAACUACAAGUGAUAGUUUUACCGACAUGUCCAAGGAUUAUACAAUUGCUGUGUUCUAUAAUGAUUCGCGUCAUGGUCCUGCUUAUGCACAGGAAGCAACUGCUGUAUUACAAGAUUCCAAAUUUCAAUGUAGCGAGGAUGGAACAGAAGUGUUUGAGAUCAACGGCUUUCGCAUAUCCCAGACUGCAGAUGGUUUAGUUAAAAUUACUCGUAACCAUAACAAAUGUUUGAUAAGGACCAGCCCGGGAAAUGGGUCCGCAACACUGACGACGCCAAUCAUACAUUGCACAGCUUCGCUUGGGAAGACAUCUCAUUUAUUUGUAAGGCGUGGUGAGCGACGAAUGCACUUCGACGGUGCAUCGUUCGUUGUACGUAAUGCAGGACACUCGGCAGGAUUCGAUGAGAACAAUCUGCUGAACGUUUACUAGAAAGUUACUACUCGAGUCAUCAACGCAUAAAAAUACAUGAAAAUUAAUUUAAAAAAAUCACAAAACCUAUAAAAAAAACCUGCGACCUUUCCGCAAUUUAAACCUUGAUUCGUGGCCGUCAUCUUAUAUGGGAAUGUUUUAUUUGUACUUUUACGCGUAUUUUCGUGUAAUUUUAUUUCUGUGUUUGUAGUUGAUUGUAAAUUGUUGUUUGAUUAAUUUUUGACCGUUUGACUAAGCCGUUUAGCCUAUAAUAUCGAUGCGAGUCGUGCGUUUGGGCGAGACACUCGCUGAGCGUUCUCACAAAUAUUCGUACGUAUUUGUGGAAUUAAUGAAAUAUUCACUUCCCUGAAUUUUCUCUAUGCAGUUUUUAGAAAAAAAGUUGAAAGCAAAAUAACGAAAAAAACAUAAAACAUUCCAUAGAAAAUCAGUAAAAAAGAAAGUUUUAUCAACGUAUACACUAAAUAGUCAGUAGUCGAGUUAUUAUUACAAUAGUAUUGGUGAAUAGAAAAAAGUUUUCCUUUUAUUGUUCCGUUUAAUGGCGCGUAUGUACUGAGCAUGAAAAUCGAAGACUAGUCCAGAUUUACUCUCAAUCUGCACUGUAUGCAGGGCAGACGACCCUGUCGUCCCCGGAUGAUUGCCGUGAAAGCAGAAAUUUUUAAGGCAAAUAUUUUAGUAAAGUCGAAAUUUGUCAGUUCGUUGAAAGGAUGCUUGUAUUAAUUCUGGGAACGUGCCACACAAUGCAUAAUAGAAUUUCGGGCUUGUGACGUUUAAUCCUGUUGAUUGGGAUUGUGAAAAUUAUGUAAUGCGUAUUUAGCAUGUAAACUUAGUUUAUUAAUAUGCUAAUAUUUAAUAAGCCAGAGUUAGUUUCCCAGUAAUUUUAUAGAUUAUUUGGAUAAUGUUUGUCAAAUUAAAUGCUAUACCAAUGUAAUUUAACUGAAAAAAAAAUAAAUUAAAUGUGUGGUUUGCGAGUUUCAGCACUUGAUUGCCUAAAAUAUAAUGCUGGAAAUUUCGUAAGCCACUUUUGAAAUUUGAGAUUUAAAA